AUGAGCCGGAGUGGCGGAGCCGGGCGGCCCGCGGCCGCGCUCACCGGCCCGGGACGCUUCCGCAUGGCCCGCGAGGAGCCGGCGCCGGCGGCGGUGGCGGCAGCCGGGCGGCCCCGGGGCGGCCGGGGCGGCGAGCGCGAGCGCGAGCGGGCGCUGCAGGGGCCGGGGGUCGCCCGCAGGGGGCGGCCGUCGCUGAGCCGCGCUAAACUGCACGGGCUGCGGCACAUGUGCGCCGGGCGUGCGGCGGCGGGGGGCUCCUUCCGGCGGCGGGCGCUGUGGGUGCUGGCCUUCUGCACGUCCCUCGGCUUGCUGCUGUCCUGGUCCUCGAACCGCCUGCUCUACUGGCUCAGCUUCCCGUCGCACACGCGGGUGCACCGCGAGUGGAGCCGCCAGCUGCCCUUCCCCGCCGUCACCGUGUGCAACAACAACCCGCUGCGCUUCCCGCGCCUCUCCAAGGGGGACCUCUACUACGCAGGCCACUGGCUCGGGCUGCUGCUGCCCAACCGCACGGCGCGCCCGCUGGUCAGCGAGCUGCUGAGGGGGGACGAGCCGCGCCGCCAGUGGUUCCGCAAGCUGGCCGACUUCCGCCUCUUCCUGCCGCCGCGCCACUUCGAGGGCAUCAGCGCCGCCUUCAUGGACCGCCUGGGCCACCAGCUCGAGGACAUGCUGCUCUCCUGCAAGUACCGCGGCGAGCUCUGCGGCCCGCACAACUUCUCCUCCGUGUUUACAAAAUAUGGGAAGUGUUACAUGUUUAACUCAGGCGAGGAUGGCAAACCUCUGCUCACAACAGUCAAGGGGGGGACAGGCAACGGGCUGGAGAUCAUGCUGGACAUUCAGCAGGAUGAGUACCUGCCCAUCUGGGGAGAGACAGAGGAAACGACGUUUGAAGCAGGCGUGAAGGUUCAGAUCCACAGUCAGUCUGAGCCGCCUUUCAUCCAAGAGCUGGGCUUUGGGGUGGCACCAGGGUUCCAGACUUUCGUGGCCACACAGGAGCAGAGGCUCACAUACCUGCCCCCGCCGUGGGGCGAGUGCCGGUCCUCGGAGAUGGGACUCGACUUCUUUCCUGUUUACAGCAUCACUGCCUGUCGGAUUGACUGUGAGACCCGCUACAUCGUGGAGAACUGCAACUGUCGCAUGGUCCACAUGCCAGGGGAUGCCCCUUUCUGUACCCCUGAGCAACACAAGGAGUGUGCAGAGCCUGCCCUAGGUCUGCUGGCGGAAAAGGACAGUAAUUACUGUCUCUGCAGGACACCCUGCAACCUGACCCGCUACAACAAAGAGCUCUCCAUGGUGAAGAUCCCCAGCAAGACGUCAGCCAAGUACCUCGAGAAGAAAUUUAACAAAUCAGAAAAAUAUAUCUCAGAGAAUAUCCUCGUCCUGGAUAUAUUUUUUGAGGCUCUCAAUUAUGAGACCAUUGAACAGAAGAAGGCGUACGAAGUUGCUGCCUUACUUGGUGAUAUUGGUGGUCAGAUGGGAUUGUUUAUUGGUGCUAGUAUCCUUACAAUACUAGAGCUCUUUGAUUAUAUUUAUGAGCUGAUCAAAGAGAAGCUAUUAGACCUGCUUGGCAAAGAAGAGGAGGAAGGGAGCCACGAUGAGAAUGUGAGCACUUGUGACCCGAUGCCAAACCACUCCGAAACCAUCAGCCACAGUGUGAACGUGCCCCUGCAGACGGCCCUGGGGACCUUGGAGGAGAUUGCCUGCUGACAGCCCUCCGACCGCCCGGCACCCCCGGGACAGACCUUGAGGCCCAGGACCAGAACAGGGGACGGCAGGCUCAGGUGGGAUGGCCCCUGCCGACCGACGGAAAGAAGCAAGAGCCCCCUGUGCACACAUAGCAAACUCUCUGUCAAAACCUUGCUCCAGCCUCGUCUGGCACGAUGCGUCCUCAGGCCCUGCUGCCGCGCACCCGUCCCUCUUAGGAGAAGUGAGUCACGCUCUGGAACUGUCCGAGAACCGACCUGCCAUCACAUCUCACUGCCAGAUGUAAAAAGCAACUGCAUGCUCUGAGUCCUCACGGCACCGCCUCCACGUCUGUCUCUGUACUUGACCCUCCUCCGUGCGGUUUCCAGCAGUCCCUCUGCAGCUGUGCAGCGGGACCAGGUUCCAGCCCUGAAGUCACCACGAGGCCACGCUGGAAUCACACCUGCACGAUCAAGAGGGAAACCGCAGAACUCAACGACGUCCGGUCCUUGUGUAGUUUGUGAAGGUUCUUAACCUGCCCACAAAGCCCUCCCCGACCUCCCCAAGCCAGCCCACAGGGUGAUCAGGGCCAACCCCCCUCCCCUCCACAGCGGCCCGGGCACUCAUCCGCGGUGCCCAUGUCAUUCUGCUCUCCCUGUGACACGGCUUGUACAGUCUGAUUCUGUUUCUUUGGGGGGCUUUUUUUUUGUUUGUCUGUCUGUCGGAGAUCUGUUUCAUUUCGUUUUCUGAAUUUGGGUUUUGACGUCCUGAGGUUUGGUUUGGUUUUUCCAUUUUCUCUGGCGUUUAUUUAUUUGUGCUUCCAAUCACACUCAUAUU